GUAGACUGGCUGACACUGCGCCUCUCCCGAUGGGUAGUGGGAUGAUACGAUUGUCUUUCCUGCUUCUGUUUCACGCGGCCGUCGCGAGACCGCCGAGAUCUAACGACGAAAAUGGGCUCCUCGGACACAGCCUCUACCUCCCAGAAACAGAUAUGAUGACAGAGAUCCCACUGGAGGGUUUAUACAACUCUGACUACAUUCCCGAGAGCUGCAUCAGGGAGAGCAAUAGGGAUACAUCGACUAAGGAAACGAUCUACUUCCGGUCCACUAAGGAGGUAUAUACGACGCUGGCCAGAACAACUGCUGUCGACGAGGAGCUGGCCGCUGACCAGGUCCUGAAGGCAUCCCUGGACGCGGUCGCGGGCGACAUCAGCGCCAAAACCACCGAAUCACUGACAGGUUACAGUAUCGAGAUGACGGCAGAAAGGUUAUCCAGAGGCAUAUCUGCAGACUGUUUAAGUGAUUUUAGUUUUUCAAGUGGUUUCAUGAAUGAUUUUCAGAGUCUUCCUCGGGUUUACAGUAAUAACAACAGAUAUGUUUUCUUUGAGAAGUACUUGCGUUUCUUAAAGACACGCGGAACCCAUUUCAUCAAGUCGGUCACGUUUGGCGCAAGCGUGCGCCAUUACUCAUUUGGAAAGGCCUCACAGAGUUUCUCGCAAAAUGAUUUUAGAAUUAAAUCAUGCAUUAAGCUAGCCGAACUCGCUAAGACCACGGUAGAUGAGCUAGAUAUUAAAGAUUGUCGGGGUGUAACAGCCGAAGAUACCGCGAGGGUGAACAAGAUGGCCAUAAGUAGCAGAGUAGUCAUCAGGGGAGGGACACUAGAUUCUAGAAUCAAUCUUCUUUUUACACCCACGGAUGACAAAAUCAGAACAUUUCUCGACGCUGGAUAUUGGGAGGUGGUACCCAUAUCCUACACAAUGGUAGAAAUUUGGGAACUGCUCAAAAUCAAAUUUUUCGGCACCCCAAACUACGCCAGGGCUAAGAACCUUGAGGAUUAUUUCAAAGGAGUUUUGAUGUUUGAGUGUUCUCAAAUUGUUAUCAAUGGCUAUAUUAUGCAGAGAUACGUUAGAUCUACCUGGAGUUCGGAUGACCGACCCUCAUACGAGUGUCAAUUAAGAAGUCAGGGCUGUAUGGAUGAUGGUGAUUGCCACUAUAGAGUCGUCCCAGCCGAGUGUUCGUGUCACGGACCUAGCUGUAUAGAGCACAAACGAGAGGCGAGGACUGACGGCAGCGUCAAAGUCGUGCCGUACGCUUGGCGUAGUGAAAGGGCAACUCGGUGGGGUUGUAGAGGGGGGAAUCCUUUGCCAACGACUUGUGGCUGUGAGUACCCAGCACAGUUCACCAAGGUGUGGCCAAAAGAGUGAAAAAGGUGUCGCAAGUGGUAUAUAAUCGCAUGUAUCUAUUUUUUAACAGGAGCAUAAGGGAGUUAUUGUAUGUAAGAGACCAAUAAAUCUAUAGCCGACAAAC